AAGCCUGUGUGUUGAGGUCUUCAUGGAGGUGGAAAGCAAUUCUAGCGUUAGCCAGGAUUCACUGGCUGGUUUCACGGCUGGUGAUGUGCUCAUCCACUCCACUAGCCUCCACAAGAAGAAGCCCAUUGACACUGUGACGGGAGCUGGUGGCUGUAUUAAAAAGGUUAAAAUUUCUGUGAAGAAGCUUCGCGAAGUGGUCCCUCCCUGCCAGGCGUCUGAUGCAGCAUUGGUUAGAGAUGAAACAUCGUGUAUUCCUCCAGCCUUGUCAGCAAACAGGGCUUUAUCUGGUAGUUUAACUGAUGGAGCCCCCUGCAGCACUGCACCAGAUAUCCAGAGUACUAAAGGACAUCCAGAACAUCUACUUUCAAGAGGAAAUUCUACGGAACCUAUGUUUUUAUCACAAACAGUAAGAAAAGAUUAUCCUAAAGAUGCUGCAGUACAAGUUCCUUCACGGCUAUUAGAAAAUAGCAGACGACCUGAAGAUGAUGUUUUUAUUUCUCAGUAUGACGCUGGCCAGAAAGAGGCUUUGCGAGUGGUCUUAAAACAAAAAACCCAAAAUAAUCCUGCACUUAAGGAGGUGAAGGUACAGCUCUUAGGAAAUUCCUCCACAGAAAAAAAGGAAAGUGUUGGGCCAAACACCAGGUCAACACACAGGGAAAUUGAUUCCACUACAACCGUUGCAGCAGCAACUGCGGCUGCUAUUGCUACUACAGCUCCGCUUCUUAAAGUUCAAAAUGAUUUGGAAGCAAAAGUUAGCUCAGUUUCAGCAUUAAUUGAUAAACUGCAGCAGACAGACAAACAGCUGCAACGUGUUGCUGAACAGCAAACAAAUAUAAAGGCUCAAAAUGAGAAACUCUAUUGUCAUGAAAGAGUCAGUGAACUUGAAAAACAAAUGAAUACUUUCAUGGCACAGCGGAUCCAGCAUUUGGAAAAGUUACAGCAGCAACAAAUGAAUAUUCAGUCUCAUCUCAUUAGCUCUGCAGUCAACAUGGGUGGCUUACAGCAAAUUCACAUACCUUCUUCCAGUCUCAUGACAAAACAACUGGAGAAGCCAGAACAGCGAUUGUUUACUAACCCUGUAUCUUCAUGUCGGACGGAUUUAUUUCCUGCUAGUGGUCCACCUGCCCAAGCGUAUGCAAGUCAACUUCAGAACGGUGGAGCUCAUACACAGAUGUCUCCCCUAAAGACACCAGUUCCUCGGAGAUAUGCUCCAGAACCUGUAUCAAAAAAUGUGAACAUCUCAAAGAAAGAAAACCCUAUAACGGAAAAGGAAAAUAUUCCCAAAUCCACAUAUGAAGGUAUUGUGGGUGGAGGAAGACUUCUUGAGCAUAUUCUGAAUUCUCAAGAAACUCCAUUGAGGCAGAUUGAGUCUUCUGAGAAUGCAACAUUAAACAAGAAUAAAAUGAGCUGGCAUUCCAAGAGAGAUGGACCUACCACUUUGCGUGCAGACUCAUUCCCCGCUUUUGAAAGCUCCUUCCAGAAUUCCGAUUCAAUUGAGAAAACGGUGAAAAAAGCAGAUGAUCUACUUCAAGAUCUUGGCCAACUGAAAAGAGAAAUGCACAACAUCCUACAGGAAGCAAAUUUGUGGAAAUCAGACAUGAAUGAUCUUAUUAAGUCAAAAAAACCUACUGUUGCACCUGAUCUUUCUGAACAUCAUCCGCUUAUUAAACCAUCCAUCCUUCAUAAAGUUAAAGCACCUAAAUCUAUUCUGAAGGAUGCUGAAAGGAUUUUGAGAGGAGUUCAAAACAAUAAAAAAGUCCUUGAAGAAAAUUUGGAAGCCAUUAUUCGUGCAAAAGAUGGGGAUGCCAUGUAUACUUUUAUUAACGCCUUGACUACAAACAGAGAUGUACUGGAGGAGAUUCGUAUCAGAAAGACUGUGGAUGAGUGGAUUAAGGCAAUCAGCUUAGAAAUCCAGACUGAAUUGGCAAGAAAUGAUUCUGAACAAGUGAGAUAUGAUCAAAAGGUUCCAUGGAUCAAGAGAACCCAAAACACUAAGGCUAUGAAGACCAACAAAGACAUUAAAGCAAAAACUCAAAAAAUCCAAGGGUUCUUGACAAAGAAGUCUUUACCUGCAGCUAAGGCAUUGCAGAAGCAAGCAGAAGAUAACGUGAGAAAACAGACGUUAAGAACUUAUUCUUCAGAAGGUUUGCAAAAGAAAGAAAAAGAGGCAGAUGGACUUGUGAAUGGAAGUGCAGUGGUACAAAACGAAGAGUAUUUGUGCCAAGUUUAUGGGAAACCAAUUUACCAGGGCCAUCGUAGCACGCUUAAAAAAGCGCCGUAUCUGAGAUUCAACUCUCCCUCUCCCAAGUCUAAGCUUCAAAGACCUAAAGUGAUAGAGUGCAUUAGAGGUACAAAGGUAAAGUCAGCAAAAACGCAGACAUGUUCUCGCACACAGAAGGUAGUAACCAGCCCUAAGAAACAGCAUCCUUUACUUGCACCUACCCAGGAAAAGCAGUAUCUCUUCAGUCCCAGCAGACAUGUGCCCACUGACUGCGGUCCACUUGAAGGACACCUGAUUCCUAUGGCUAUUCCACUAGGUCAAACGCAGAUUAGCAACGUCUCACUGCAGCCUGCUGGAGUAGUUAUAGGCAAACCACACCCUGUUACGCUUACUACCUCUCUUCCUCCAGUGCCACCAAAGUCAACAGUUCAGAUAAAAAAGCCAAACAUAGCUGUGAUAGACAUGAGAUCAGAGAAAAAGGAUCCACCUCAACUGUCUGUACAGGUGUUACCAAAUGUAGACAUUGACAGUAUUUCAAGUGCCAGUGUGAGUGUAAACCAUGAACUUCCAGGCUCGGAAACUGCACUUCCCCCUGUCAGUGCUGUAAUACAGACUCCAGAAGAUGUAUAUAAUGAGGAAGAAGAUGUAAAGUUUCCGGGAACUAAUUUCAUUGAUGUUACUGAUGUUAUGCAGGAUCAGGAAGAGGAGAGUGAUGAAAUUCCAGAAUUCUCUGAGCCUUUUCUGGAGCUUAAUGGACAAUUUAAAGUUGCCUCUCCAAAAUACAAUGGUCCUUUGUUUCCUCCAGUGGCUUGUGCUCCUCAGCAGUCCUCUGAUGUUUUGGAUGAACUGAUUCAAAGGAGAGAAACUAUAGAAAACAGGUUAAUACAUUGGGUGGAACAAGAGAUAAUGGCAAAAAUUAUCAGUGGAAUGUAUGCAGUUCAGAAAGAAAUAGUGCCCAGUGUAAGCACAUCAGAAAGUGAAGACAGUGAGACUGCAACCUCUGAUAUUGUCGAAGUUGCAGGUGGUGGCGGAUUUCAACUCUUUAUCAACGCUGGUGUGCCAGUGAACUCAGAAAUGAUUAGUCAUUUUGUGAAUGAAGCUCUCAGUGAGACAAUUGCCACCAUGCUGGGUAACAGGCAGGCUCAGAAAGCAGUUCCUGCUACAAAUGUUGUUCCAAGUACAACAAUUAUGCUGGAAUCUCUUGUGCCUACUCCGUUGCCAACACCCCAGGCCACACCACCUCAAACACCACCUUCAGAAAAAGAGCUGCCUCCGGUCAAAACUCCAGAGUCUUCUCCAUCUAUUACAGAAAUGAGUGGGGAUGUUCAUGAACAAGAAAAAAGGAAAGAAACAGGAUUUGAGAUUCCAGCUUCCGUUAGCUGUGUUGGCACACCUGUGGUUACCCCUGCCAAUACACCCCCUAGACUGACUACACCAAGCCCUCCUGCCUCAGAAUGGAUUUCUGAUGCUGCAAAAAUGGAAAGUCCAAAGCUUCCAAACCCAUGGGAUGACGCAGAACUCCCUCUGGAAGAGGAGAAACCCAGUCCUUUAAAUGAAGAACCAUUCCACCCCAAGGCUGUUAUAAUGUCAGUGGCUAAUGAUGAGGAACCAGAAGCCUUGAUUCUACCAUCAUGGCAGUCGUCAGCAAGGCCCUUUGAAUCGCUUCCUUGUGAACCGCAGGUUCCAUCACCUGUGCCUACAGUUAGUUCUGGGCAGUCCACACAGGAAAGCAGCCUUACUCUCACAGGAACAGAAACAGAAACUGCAGAUAGACCCAUCUCAGAAGGAGAGGUGCUCUUCAGCUAUGGACAGAUGGCAGCUGCAAGAGCCUUAGCAGAAGGAGGACUGUCUCUUCCAACCCUUACUGAGAGCUUAACGAGUACACUACGAGAUGCUAAUGAAAUGGAUUAUGAUCCCCCCAGUGAAGGGCAAGUGGUGAAAAGACCCCAUAAAGGCUAUCACAGGGAUCCUGUCCUGACUCUCUUUGCCAAGCUAAAUCAGGCACCUGUUGCUGCACAAGAAGGAAUGUACCAUUUGGAGGAUUCUGAUGAUAGUGUUGGGGAGAUCAGUGAAGGUCAAAGACCUAGGCUGACAAAAGCUGCAGAGAGUAUCGUAAUGGGACAUUCAGUGUAUGUGGACCAUCCAACUGCUCGAACUUCUGAGAGUAGACCACACCAGGGUUUCCGUGCUCCAUCGCCAGGGCAGUUUGCCCAAAGUACAGCUGAAAUUCUUGGAGAUGCAGAUACGAGUCAUGGUCCAAUGCUUAUGGCUGAAUUGGAAACACAAUCAGUUCCAAAUCCUGCUGUGCAAGCAGCCCAAGCAAGCUGCAGAGUGACAUCUCUCUCCAAGGGUGCCUCCCAGGAAGGAAGCCAAAGAGCUGGAGAAGUUGAGCCUGUGAGACCCCGAGUUAUUCAUGUGAGAUCUAAGUCUGAAGAGAAGCAGCAAGAAGGUAUCCAUGGAGACACGGAUCGGACGCAUAUUAAUGCAGAUAUGUAUCUCACAUCUUCACUUACAGGAGAGGAUGCUGUCCUGCAUUUAAAUCCACAUGUUUCUGCAGCAAAGGUGUCAGUGAAGCUGCCUUCCAUGAAUGUAGAUAACCACACGAGAAGUAUCAGCAGUAUACAUGGGGAUUCAGAUUCUUCAGGGGCAGAUACAUUUUAAAACUUAUGGCUUUAUAUGAUAGUUGCUGUCUGAAGAUUUUGUCACUGGUACAUUUGGUAUGCCUAGUGUGAUAAUCUGGAUGUUUCAUCAAAAUUUUGGCCUUUCAGUACUGUUUAUUUUCUACCAUUUUUCCUUAUAACUUUGAUAUGAAGAUGACUGUAAAUUUAGGCAAUUAUUCUGUUUGUGAAUAUAUCAAAUAUUUUUAAAUGAAUAAAAUGUCACUCUAUCAGGAAUAUUGUGAGUUUAAGUCAGUAAAGGUGAAGGCUAAUUAAAUACUUAUUGUAUGUAAACAUGAAUAUGAAAGUCAUCUGUAUUGAGAUCCAUGGUAAAAUUCUCACUUACCGUUGGAAAAAUGUUUGGCUCAGUAUAACGUCAGUACUGUCAAAAUGUGGAGCUAGAGGAAAAUAUAUUUGAAAUCAAGGUUUGCAAGAAAACUAUUUUUUUAAAAUACUUUCGGAGCUUGUUCAUCCUUAGAAGACUGCUAGCACAGUAAGACAGUAGUUCAAAAUUGUAUGUAAGCAAAACCAUUAGUGUUUGUAUUGUUUUAAGACGCUUUUAUUUUUGUAAGUACUAUAAGAAUUUGUCAGCAUUUUGAUGUUUGUUUCCCUAAAGAUUUUUUUCCCAUCUUGAAACAUGUCUGAAUGAGCGAUUGUAUGGAUAAAGUUAUUUGCUUACAUUUGUUUUAUGUAAAUUCCUCCUUCUCAUGAGAAGGAUCUAGCUGCCACAGUCUCAACCCUCAGAAGCCCAGUAAUCUCUAGUCAGAAAUACCAUAGUAAUAAUUUAACAGCAAGAGUGUGUGAACACAUCAUUGCCACUCUACAAAGGACUGCUUAGUUUGUUCAUUGCUUCAGUUGGGACAGCGUGGUCUGUCCAACAAUGAAUGUGGAGGAAGGUAGGAUUGUCUGCCCCAGGCAGCAUCUGUGUAAAAUAAGAGGAAUUCGGAAAUGUUCCAAGCAAAAAAAAAAAAAAAAACCUAGGAAAGGAGUUUUUUUUCCAAGCGGGACAAACUCAGCUUUUGCUCUGUUCCUCAUCCAAUCUGCAUUUUCACAGGCUAGCUCUGGAAAAUCUGAGAUAGUGUGGCUCUUUCACAUGAAAUCAUCUCUCAAAAGCUAAGAAAAAAAUACUCCUUUUUGGUUGACUUGUACCUUGUUGUGACAUUGGCGCAUAUAACUUCAUCUGCUACAGCUUCACUGCAUCCCCAAUGAGAGUCGCUUUGUUGUUUCAGAUACUCAUAACCAUGAACAGUUCCCAUUACUCUUAUUUUAUGGAGCCUGCACUGAUUUCAUUUCUGCCUAACAGAGAAAGAUUAAAAGUUCCUCUUGGUUUUAUUUCAAUCUCAUUGACUACAAGGUUCAGUUGAUUUGGCUGCAGAAUCUACAAGGAUAAAUGGAGCAAGAGAGAGCUUGAACCAUUCAAGGUCAGUAAUCUCCAGAGGAUUCAAUCUUAUAGGCAGUCUCUUUAUCACAUUAUAGAGUUGUAUUCUUGUCUGUUUUGACAGACAU